AUGGCUCACGAACACGCAUGGGUAAAACUACGUAUACUGAUCAGUAUUGAGCAGAAGGAACUUGACCGGGCACGAAAAGGUGGGAAUUUGCUCGCUUUUCUGCGGAAAACUUUGCUGUGGCGCAAGUUUGAGUUCAACCGUUAUGAGGUAUCCCGAUUUCAAAUCAACAAAGAAAAUUUGAAUUCAAUAAUUCCGCUAGAGGCCGGAACUUCGAUUCGUUUAGAUGCGGUGCCGUGGUGCGUCGAAGUGACCGAGAGUUUUCUGCUGUACAUGAACGAAAAAUUGCGCUCGAUAUUUCCUGGAGCUGAGACAGCUGUGGACAUUUUCCAAGAACAAUUCACUUUGCGUAAGUCCACUAAUCAAUGUACUAUUGAAGCCGAAUAA